UGCACAAGACGAGGCUUUUCGCCAGUCGGUUGUAAGCCAGCGUCACGCCGAACGCCAUCGACGCUUGCUUUCACUCCCUCCCGAGCACAAAGAUAGAGAGAGAGCUCGCACGAUCGGAAGGAAAAUGGCUUCAAAUCGCGAUCCGAAACCCUCCCAAGCGGAACUUCCAUCGUCGUCGUCGUCGUCUUCUUCUGACGAUUGGAAGGGUCGUGUAUUGCUCCCUGCUCUCCUCGCAGGAAUUGCUGGCGGCGGAUACGGGUUGGUGUCGAAGCACCGGAAAGUUCACGGCCUCGCGAAUAUCUCCACUACUUAUGCUGCUAAUUGCGCCAUUGUCAUGGGUUGCUAUUGCGGGACCCGCGAGUUUGUAAGAGUGACUCGCAAAUCUGAACCGGAUGAUCUGUUAAACUCUGCCAUUGGUGGCUUUGCUAGCGGUGCUAUCCUUGGGCGGCUCCAAGGUGGGCAAGGUGGAGCCAUGAAGUAUUCAGUUUUGUUUGCCAUUGUGGGGACGGCUAUGGACUUUGCUAUUUUGAAAUUGAGACCAUUCUUGAAGAGCAGCGAGUCGUUGAAACUGCCAGAGUGGUCCCCUAUUCAAGUACUCGAUGAGGAACAGCUUGCCGCAAAGAAAGCUAGGGAACAGCAGCUCUAUUCCCAAACAACGCUUGGUAAACUGAACAAAGAAGAUUCUUGAGGAAAUUGAGGGUUAGAGAUAGCAUAUAAGGAAAAUAGAGUGCCUUGGGGGGAGACUCUUUUAUCAUGUUACCCAAAUUUUGACCCAGUUGGGAACUUUGUUGUACCUGCUUUGCUAAUUGUUAUUCUUGGCUCACUGAAAGGCAAUCUCCCAUUUGAUGUUAUCGCA